AUUGCAGGGUAUCUUUAUGGUGUAUCACCUGCAGAUAAUUCACAGAUAAAGGAGAUCCGAUGUAUUGUAAUGCCACCACAAUGGGGCACCCACCAAACAGUUCACUUACCAAAUGGUCUGCCUCAAGAUGAUUAUCUGAAGGAGAUGGAGCCACUUGGAUGGAUCCACACUCAGCCGAAUGAAUUGCCACAAUUAUCUCCUCAGGACAUUACCACACAUGCCAAGGUCUACAGUGAUCAAGAUGGUGAUCGGACAAUCGUAAUAACUUGCAGUUUUACUCCCGGUUCGGUAUCUCUUUGUGCCUACAAGCUGACUCCCGGCGGGUAUGAAUGGGGCAAACAGAACACUGACAAGGGUAAUAAUCCCAAGGGCUACUUACCUAGCCAUUAUGAACGUGUUCAGAUGUUGCUGUCUGACAGAUUCCUUGGUUUCUUUAUGGUGCCACCUCAGACAUCCUGGAAUUAUAAUUUCAUGGGUGAGCCUCCCUUGAGUCCUUUUAACUCCAUUCUUCCUUUUUAUUACAGUUCCUUUGCUAUUAGUCGCUAUUUUCAAAAUCAUGUAAUUUGUAGUAUUAAUUGUGUUCGUCAUGACCCAAAUAUGAAGUAUGAGCUGGCUCCAUUGAAGCCAAAGAAAUUCUACCACCGUGUUCACAGACCUUCUCAUUUUCUUAACUUCACUGCACUUGAAGAAAAUGAGAUGUACACUGCAGACAGAGAGAAUCCGCUUGGCUGA